AUGAGUGAAGCUGAUAUGGAUUUGCUCCCUGGUGCUCGUAAAAAAAUGAUUGACUUCUUGGUCAGGUACUAUCAACUCAAGUUUUUGCAUGGAUGGAGCGAUGUUUCAUUCACAGAGGCAUUGAAGUUGUUAAAGGCUUCUUUCCCUGGAAGUGAGAACCUCCCUGCUAGUUUUUAUAAAACUAAGAAGUUGGUGAAAGACCUUGGCUUGUCAUAUGAAAAGAUAGAUGCCUGUCCAAAUGACUGCAUGUUGUUUUGGAAAGAACAUUUUGCUGAGACAAAUUGUAGUAUUUGUGGGGCAAGUCGGUACAGCGCGAGGCCUACUGAAGAUGGAGCAACUGGUAAACUAAGAUCAGCAAAGGUACUUUGUUAUUUUCCAUUGGGACCUAGAUUGCAGCGGUUGUAUAUUUCUCGGCACACAUCAGAGUUAAUGACAUGGCAUUCUACUAAACGUACUAAAUACGGGAAACUCCGUCAUCCAGCGGAUUCUCCUGCUUGGUCCAAGUUAGAUGAGAUGUAUUCAAACUUCAGAAAUGAGAGCCGUAAUGAACAUUUGGGUUUGGCAAGUGAUGGGUUCAUUCCAUUUGGAAAUAUGAGUACUUCACAUAGCACUUGGCCGGUUGUAAUGACAGUUUAUAAUCUUCCUCCUUGGUUGUGCAUGAAGCAACCUUACAUCAUGCUCUCUUUGCUUAUUCUCGGACCUAAAGGGCCCAGUAAUGAUAUCGAUUUUUAUUUGCAACCGCUAGUAGAAGAGCUGAAGAAUUUGUGGAACGAAUGUAUUAAAACAUAUGAUGCUUUCACAAAUAGUACAUUUACAAUGCGUGCAGCCAUAUUAUGGACUAUAAGUGAUUUUCUAGCGUAUGCCAUGUUGUCUGGUUAUAGUACGAAGGGUUAUAAGGCUUGUCCUAUUUGUAUGGAAGAAACUGAUUCCACCAGAUUUCAUAAUGGGAAGAAGGAAUGUUUUAUGGGUCAUCGACGAUGGUUAGAUGAAGACCAUCAAUAUCGUGGUUGGCGAAACAACUUUAAUGAUUUUCCUGAGCAUUGUGACCGACCAAAGCUGAUGACAGGGUCUGAUUGCCUUAGAGCUAUAAGUGGUUUGAAGUUUCAAUUUGGGAAGGGAACAAAAUCUCCUCUGACUCGAAAGCGAUCAUGUUCGAAAGGUGUGCCUGAGCCGUACAAAGGGAAUUGGAGGAAGAUUAGUAUAUUUUUUGAUCUACCAUAUUGGGAGCAUUUGUUGCUACGUCACAACCUCGAUGUUAUGCAUAUCGAAAAAAAUGUAACAAAUAGUGUGGUUGGGACAUUGCUUGGGAUCAAAUGGAAGAAUAAGGAUAGAGCAAAAGCUCGUGAGGACAUGGUACUUCUAAAUGUUAAGCACGAUCUUCACCCAAUAACACCAUGA